UGCCUCUGGUGGUCGUGGAGGUAGUCGCGUCGUCGUUGUUCUCACCGCUCUGGGCCCAUUCGCCUCCUUCAUGCACGGUGUCAUCUCCCUCCAACUUUGCCGACGGCGAUUCAACCCCUCCGCUGCUACUCCGCCGCCCUGGAUGGCAACUUCCUCCUCAGCUCGGCCCGAGCCGUUUCCUCCAAAUGUGCCAAAUGUAGAUCCAGGUGUUCUUCUCUUGUAUGUUCUGGAAUGAGAGCUUUGCUGAAUUGUUGCUGAGUAGUAAAAAUUCUGCAUUUGAUUUGGCUUGAAUCUGGAAAAUUGGAGGCUCCUGGAGUCGUUAAUGAUCGUUGAUUUGGCUGUGGUUACUGUUCUAAGGUCGUAUAAUGAGACUGCAUUUUUGGUUUGGGAAGGACAUGAAUUUCAGUACCAAGAUGAACUUGCCAAAUUGGUGGUGUCUCUAGAAUGUUUCUUUAGGUUCGAUGUGCCGGCUCAGACUUCAAGAGAUACCAAAGAGACCUUGCUCAAAGUCACAAGGAUACUUAGUGCUGUUAGGAAGCUGCCCUUAGCUAGAACUGAAAGCGCAACUGGUUCGGCUUCUGACUUGGAUUCUAUGCCUCUGGAAUCAGAUGUGUGUGGCACUCUACCACUGCAGCUGAAUGAUGAAAAGGAUAGGAAACUUGAUUCUACUGAGGAAUCUGCCGAAUUAGAGUGCCUUGCUAAGCCAAUCUUGGAAGAUAUUGCCAGCCUUGUGCAGAAAGGUAGCCAAGUAAGUUUCUAUAUUCUUCUGCCAUUUAUCUUCAAGUGAACAAUCAAUUUAAUUAGAAGCCACAGCUGAAUUUGAUAUCAUGUCCCUCAAAUUGAAGCUCACAAAGCUUUAAGUUUGCAAGUUCUGACAAAUUAAACCUUUAACAAUGACAAACAUGAGUGGAUGAAUGGCAGGGCAAAAUGAUUCUGUUUAGCUGAGCUUUUAAAGACAAGCAGUGGAAUAAUGUUCAUAGCCACUGAACUUAAAAACUGAUUUAACUAGAAGAAAGCUAAGGGACUUCUGUUUUGUAGGAUUUGAUAAAUAUAUAUGUUUCUUAUACACAUUUCUUUUAUGAUCCUUUUUAAAUUGACAAGUUAAAAUA